GGUGGACAACUUGAUAAUGGAUUAUAUAUUUUAGGCGCAACAACACACGUGCGAGCCACUAAGAUGCUCAGAGUCACAAGGCAUUUGGUCGACUCCACCGUACGGACCUGACAUCAGCUAGCCUGCGCAAUGGCAUGGCUAAGUACAUAAUUGUGACAUUAAGUCCUGGCCUGUUUACUGCGAGUGGGAUGAUCGUGCGGACUCUGGCGUGGCCGCUUCGUAACCGAAGGGGGGGGCGGUAAGCGCUGAUGUUGGGCACGCAAAGGCUAGGAACCUGCCUACAUACGUUUCAUCACGGUCUUCCGAAUCCCAUUGCUCAUCAUGGGAGCGCAAUAAGUUUUUUUCUGGAUGCAGGCAAGAUCAAGUGGCACCUCGCCGACAGCGAGUGGGUCAAGGGAAUAACGAUCGAGUCAUCAAGCCGUAUGAUCAUGCAUGGUCGGGCACUUGAAGUUGAUAACACUUGCAACGUGCUCCACUUCUAUCUCAGUUGGAAUCCAACUUAUCCAGAUCAUGAGCGCGUUUUGGCAACAUAUCCCACAUGCGCAAGCAUCCUCCCUCGACAUGUCUGUGCGCUGCUUGAUCUUGGGUCCUUUUGUCUUUUAGUCCCUCGCUAUGUUGCGAGUUGCACUAGCUGCCGAGCGCGCGCUAUGCCCAUAUCGAGCAAAGUCAUAACAACAAUCUCUCCCAUCUUACUGAAGAAACAAUAAAGAGGUCUCAUGGGCCUCCAUGAACGCAUCGGGGGAUCGGGUGGACGACUAAUGGACUCCGAGCCAAAAUCUCCUAUCAGUUUCGUCGACAACA